AUGCAUCUCGGCAUCUCUGCAUAUUGGCAUGUCUGCAUGUCUGCAUGGCUGACUGCAUGGCUGCAUGCCAGGAUGUUGGCGGGAGAAGGAGCACUGCUGUGGGCUAAGAAGCAUGCCCCAGAUGCUGUUGCAAGGCGCCCUCAGGAUCUGGUGACUGCAGCAGCAGAAGCCCAGUGGCGCAAGUACAUGCAACUUGUGGGGGCUUUGGAGAAACUCCAGGUGAGAAAGGAGGGGGCAGGAGAAGGGGAAGAGAAGCUAGAAGAAUUGCGGAUGGAGCAGGGUGCUUUUACGAAUCACAAAAAACAAUCAGGUGGCAAGGGCACGUGGGGGGGCGGUUCAGAGGGGGAAGGCAGAGGCCAUGGGGAAAGGAAAAAAAUGAAGCGGGAGGGUGAUGAGGAGACUGUUGGUGAGGAAAACAUUGAAGCCAGAAGCGGGGAGGUGGGUCAGACUGGAGGUCAAGAGGGAGAAGAAAGAGCGAGGGUAAUUGGAGAGGAGGGAGAGGAGGAGGGAGGGGAGGAGGGAGAGGAGGAGGGAAAGGAGGAGGAAGAGGAGGGAGGAGAGGGAGAGGAAGAGGAGGAGGAGGAGGGGCAGGAGGAUCCGUGGGACACAGUGGGAGCGGUGUGCUUUGAGGUGUCAAGCGGAGCAGCAGCAGCAGCCUCCAGUGGAGGCAUCGCUUUCAAGGUGAGCGCUGUUGCUGGGGUGAGAACUUGGCUUGCUAACCCCAUCGACCCCAUCCAUCUGACCAUCCCUUAA